AGUGCACGUCAUCUUUUGUUGCCUUGAUCGCGAGGGUAACAGAGAUGCAAGCAGACCUCCAGUGCACCGUGAAUACUAUAGCAAAGCAUGCAUUGGCUCCUUCGUCCUAUGCAUACCCGCCAUCUACAUCCACUGUUGGCAUUAUCGCUAUCCGUGUCAGUUUCCGUGCUAAGAACAGCGACAGCUUUUCAAGCUACGCCAACUUUGACCAAGAAUUCCUCAGUGGCGCCCAUGACAACCGUAUCGUCGUCCUCCAACAACAACGAGAGUAGCACUUGCAGCAGUGAUCCACAAUCCAGAUACGCCGAUAUUCUAGAUUUUCACGUUCUUCAGGAACCAAUAGGAUCUACACAAGAUGAAACAAAACGACUUUUGCAAGAGCGUCACAACGGCAACAAUAACAACUCUUCCCGAAUACUGGCCGUCUUGGCCAAGCAACAAGAAAAUGGCAGAGGCACCCAAGGUCGGAAAUGGGAAGGACGACAAGGCAAUGUCUACUUGACCAUGGCGGUUCCCUUUCCUCAAAUACCCGUCACAAUCACACUUCUCCCGUUACAAAUUGGGGUCUUGAUUGCUCAUACCCUCCAAGAAUUUGAUAAAAACAACCACAAAAUUACUGUAAAAUGGCCCAAUGACGUCUUGGUAGAGGAUCGGAAAAUUGCAGGAGUGCUGAUUGAAAAUUGGUUGGCGCCAGCACCGGAUCGUACCGUAUGGCUUGUGAUUGGGAUUGGCAUCAAUAUUGCCUAUGCUCCCGUACUGCCAGAAGGAAUCCGCCCCGCCAUUUGCCUCCAAGAAAUGUACAAGGACAAUACACUUCCGGAAUCCACUUCACAAGAGGUUGGGACUCAUUUAGUCUAUUCUCUGCUGGAUUGGCUGGAAAAGGGCAGGACUAGCAACAACAAGGCAUUGAUGGAUACUCAAGUUUUGCAGGAAUGGAAGGCAUUGGCAAAGUUUGGCCAGGUAUACAAAAUUCGUGAGACGGGAGAAGAAGUCGUCACCUUGGGAGUUCAAAACGAUGGACAACUCAAAGUUCGCGGAGCCAAUGGACGAGAAAGGUCGCUGACUGCCGAUUACUUGCAUUGAUUACUUUAUCAUCGUCCCCGAUAAUGAGAGAUGACUACAAACUGUUAUGCCAGAUACCGGUUACCAAAGUGGUUUUUCCGUGUGCUAACUAGCUAACAAACUCGGCCAUCUCGUCUAUACCUUGUAUCCUAAUGGGAUGUUAGUUUCAUCUUGUUACUAUUAUUAGCAACAUCCCAUGGAUCAAUGUGUUGCUUCCCGUUCUUCUCA